AUGAUGGUUGGCAGGAGGUGCGGCGCGGCCCGCGCCGACCGGCUCUGCCUGCCCCGUCAAUUGCUUGACGUCAUGUCCCUGCUUGGCUCAAGGGUAGAUGUUGCAGCAUGGAUAUAUGUGAGCAAGCACUACCCAUAUUUACAAAUCGACUCCUACAUCCGUCCUUCCAGCAGACAAGGAAAUGAUUGUCUGAAUCUACGGAAACCAAGGACCACCAUGAAGGAUUCACCUACAGAUAUGCAGAUCCAACACUGGAAACAAUGUUCAUGCAUUGCCUCCACAAAGGGGGAGAUGGACCCUCGCCGUGAGGUCAUUGAGGUAGCCAUACAGGUUCUGAUCACACCUUUCUCACCCUCGGUGCUUACACUGCUAGCUAUAGCCCUACUGAUUGAUUCUAGUGCCAUUACAUCGAUCAUGCAAGACCAAGCUAAUUCCACGAGCCCUAGGCAGAGCCUCUGCACAGUUGAAGGCCCCAUCAUCGUCGGCGCCGGUCCGUCAGGCCUCGCCGUCGCCGCCACUCUCCGGAAGCACUCGGUGCCCUUCACCAUCCUCGAGCGCUCCGACGACAUCGCCGACCUCUGGACCAACCGCACCUAUGGCCGCCUCCGUCUGCACCUCCCAAAGGUCUUCUGCGAGCUUCCCCAUGUUCGCUUCCCUCCCGACUUCCCCGCCUACCCGAGCAAGCAUGACUUCCUCCGCUACCUCCACUCUUACGCCGACCACUUCUCCAUCUCGCCGCUGUUCGGCCGCACCGUGACACGGGCUCGGUUCGACGCGGCCACGUCGCUGUGGCAUGUCACCGCGGUGGUGGAGGGCGGCGAGGUGACGGAGUACGUGUCGAGGUGGCUAGUGGUGGCCAGCGGGGAGAAUGCCGAGGUCGUGGUGCCGAGGGUGAAGGGGAGGGAGAGGUUUGCCGGGGAGGUGCUACACUCCAGCGAGUACAAGAGCGGCGAGAGGUUCAAGGGCAAGAGGGUGCUGGUUGUGGGUUGUGGCAACUCCGGGAUGGAGAUGUGCUUGGACCUUUGCGAGCACGGUGCAAUCCCUUUCAUGUCUGUUAGGAGUGGGGUGCAUGUUUUGCCAAGAGAGAUGCUUGGAAGCUCAACAUUUGGCAUAGCCAUGAAUCUUCUUAGAUGGCUGCCGGUAAACCUGGUGGAUCGAUUCCUCCUGCUCGUUGCAAAGAUGAUCCUUGGAGACACCGAAAAGUACGGUCUGAAGAGGCCCAAGCUGGGGCCUUUGGAGAUCAAGGGCGUCACCGGGAAGAGCCCUGUUCUGGACGUGGGAGCAUGGUCCUUGAUCAAAUCUGGAGACAUCAAGGUGGUGGCAGAGGUGGAGUCACUGGGGUGCAACGGGGCAAGGUUCGUGGACGGAAACGACAUGGCCUUGGAUGCCGUCAUCUUCGCCACCGGCUACAGAAGCAACGUCCCGUCCUGGCUCCAGGACGGCGAGUUCUUCAGGGAGGACGGCAAGCCGAGAUCGCGCAGCCCCAGCAACUGGAGAGGCCCCAACGGGCUGUACUGCGUCGGGUUCACCGGCCAGGGCUUGCUCGGCGCCGGCAAGGACGCGCUGAGGGCCGCCUCCGACAUCGCCGGGAGGUGGCAGGAGGAGAUGGUGGCCGCAGCAGCGCCUGGAGCGGCCACGAUCUCCCCAGUGUGA